GAAAUUGAUAGAGGCAGCGAUGUAAAGUAUAAAUUGUACUUUCGUUACGAAGGCAAGAUGUUUUCGCUGUUCCUAAUUAUAUCGAAAAAUCUGAGUAGAUCGAUGAUACGGCUUAUCGUCGUUCCAAUGCAUAGAUAUGAGGCCAAGACAGGCUUUUCCGUAUAACUCCAUCGUGUAUAUUUAUAGUGUUUAUACGUGGAUGUAUUUAUAAUUUCAGUGGUAGAUGGUUGGUGGACAGUUGGUGCAUGCACCGACGAGCUGUGUGCCGAUUACUCGUGCUUUUGGAGCAUUCAACGGUUAACAUAACGCGAAUUCUUUCGAGUCAAUUCGCUGUUCUCUCUAACCGGCUGCAAAGUGCAGAGACCUCUCGGACAUUUAUAAAAAGACUGGCGAAUGAUCGCUAUUAAAUUUUCGUAAGUUUGCGCAAUAGCUUUAAAAAUGAUUCAAGGCGAGGAUGCAUCAAACAGAUGCGUGUCCAGGAAGUUCUCGCAAAAUAGUUUGAUUCGUUUGGCGCAGUGACGUAAUAUAACGGAAAUGAAUUUCCGAAAACACGAACUUGCGGUUAUUGGCACGACCGCCAAGUGUUGCUCGGCUUGUUUCGUCAGCGGUGCAUAAUUUUGGCGUACUGUCAUUUUCGAGACUGGCCUCGCUCGAUCUACGGAGAUAAAGCCAGGGUAAGGUCAGGGAUUCUUCUUCGUUACUUCCCCGCGUUCGUGGCCAGCCACUUGCGUCGCUUUUGGAAAUUAUUCGUAGCGAAAAGGGUGAAAACAGUGCCAAAAAUCUAAAAUGGCAAAACUCUAAACAAAUCGAGCAUAAAGGGCGUACGUUGAAAGCGACGAUCGAUGAAUCAAAGUAAAGCAAUUGGAGUGGGAUAAUCAGGCAGAAGGUUCCCCGAGUACGUCGACUUUAUCCUUGAGAUUUUUCACCUCGUUGACUUUGACUCUCGCGCGAGUUGUAGUGUUUUGUCAGACGCGGAUUUUUCUUUUUUUUUUCUUGCCGGUUCUCCUCGAAAGAUUCAAUUUCAUGGUCUUUGGCAAAUGGCCACCAGCGAGUUUCGACGAUGUAAUUCAUGGUUUCGAGUUCACUACCGAUCGAGUGCGGCCUCGUAAGGGGUAAAAGUACUCUUGUAUCGACGCGAUAGCGCACCGAGACGACGGGGGUCAAAAUCCGUGAAGGGGUGGUCAUGAUCUGAUGCAAGGGGUGAUGCAAGCAGGGUGAGGGAGGCUGGAGGAGGGCGGUAUACCUUCUGCCUCGUAAUGUCGGGGAGCCAUGUUGCAAACAUUUCCUAACGAACAAACCCCUGCAAACAUCUCGAGGGGACACUGAAAUAUUGUAUGCGAACUGUCUGUACUUUGUCGACUCUCUUGUUAACAGGACGCGAUUGAAACAAAGUGACAGGUGUUACUUUUAAACCGAACGACAGAAUAAACAAAAAUCGUGACGCGCUACUCGACUCUCGAGAUUGUAAGCGUUCAAGAGCGAACCGUGAAAGAUUUAUAGCUUUACUUUGCAAAUAAUUUAAACGCCGUGAUACAGCGUGGAAAUUGGAAAUUUGGCAAAACUAGACGAGGGGAAAAAAAGGAUGUUUAGAGGGGCCAAAGAGUUCGAUCGGCGAUGGGAGGUCACAGUUUAUUUAAGAACGCGCAUACGUCUCUUAUUAGUUCGAUCGGCAACCCCUCGCAGCGUACGCGCGAGUCGGUAGGAGGAGAUACGUAAUAAAACGAGGGGUUCGUAGUGGGCUGGCGACGAGCUUAGCCGAGGGUGCGCGAUCGCUACCGAAUCAAGCCGACGUUGACCGAACGAGCUCGCCGAGCUGUGCAAGCCGCUUGAACGCGACUGGCGUGUCCAGUCUCUAGGCAGCCUCCGCCCGUGUUGUAUCGUUAUUUCCGUUUCCUUAGUAUAGUGUUUAACGCUUUAAUUUCUAGUCUCGCGUAACCCUCUACACAUUCACAUAUACACGCAUAUACAUACACACGUAUAUCGUAUUCUAUUUUUUUUACACACAUACAUACACACAUACGCGCACGCGCACAUAUACACGUACGUUUACAUCAUACCCACCGUAUACCUCCGACCCCUCGUUUUCUUUAUCACGAUCGACGAAUACGAAAUUUGGUGAUCCCGUUUUACGACGAUAUCGAACGCGACUAAUUUUCGGCAGAGCCGCUCGUACACAUACACGUACACUCACACGUAUGUGCUCGUCAAAGUGAAACCGAGGGACCGUCGACCAGGAGGCGAGCAUAAAUGCCGAUUUACGAGCGCUCGCGUCGUACUUUUCUUUCAUUGAUUUCCCCUUCUGUUCCGGGCGGCGGUGCGAGAGCGUGAUAGUAGGUGCACGUAAAGAGAGAGAGUUAGAGAGAAGACCAGGGACCGGCGCGAUACAUCGAUCAGCACCACGAGAGUAGUCGCGUAGCACGGGCCAGUUGCACGUUGCUCGGUUUCGCGUGCGACCGAAAAGAGCUUUCGGAAGAGAAAAGGGAAUAAACGUCGAGAGACGGAGAGGAAAAGAAAUAGUACGGAGAGUGUCGCGUCUCGAAAAAAUAAAGAAAAGUGUUUUCUGUGUUUCUGUGUGGAUGUGUGUCGUGUGCUUACGCGUGCAUCGAUCGUAAAGAUAGAAAGGUGUGGAUCCUGAAAAGACCGUGGAAACAGAUUUCGUACGUAGUUAGAGAGAACUCGGUAGAAGACUGCAAUGAUGGCGAACGGAAUGGACACAGUCGUGCAACAAAAUGGUGGAUCCACCCUCGGACAGGCCUCGCAGGAAGAGUCCAAGACGAAUCUCAUUGUAAAUUAUUUGCCACAGAGCAUGACACAGGAUGAGAUUCGAUCCCUCUUUGCGAGCAUAGGCGAGGUGGAGAGCUGCAAGUUGAUUCGCGAUAAACUCACCGGUCAGAGUUUAGGUUACGGUUUUGUUAACUAUCACCGGCCUGAGGAUGCUGAGAAGGCGAUAAACACGCUCAACGGUCUUCGUCUGCAAAACAAAACGAUCAAGGUAUCGUACGCGAGACCGAGCAGCGAGGCGAUCAAAGGGGCAAACCUGUACGUGAGCGGUUUGCCGAAGAACAUGACGCAACAAGACCUGGAGAAUCUAUUCAACCCAUAUGGCAGAAUCAUCACAUCGCGGAUACUUUGCGACAACAUCACCGUACGACAGUUUGUGACCGGCGGCGGAGACUAUUUGCCCGGAUUGUCGAAAGGGGUCGGUUUCAUAAGGUUCGACCAGCGGGUCGAGGCCGAGAGGGCGAUUCAAGAGUUAAACGGUACCGUUCCGAAGGGCUCAUCCGAGCCGAUCACCGUCAAGUUCGCCAACAAUCCGAGUAACAACAACAAGGCGAUACCGCCGUUGGCCUAUCUGGCACCGCAGGCGACCCGACGAUAUGGCGGCCCGAUCCACCAUCCAACCGGCCGCUUCAGGUACAUUCCACUGUCGCCACUAUCCAGCACUGGCAAGGCCAUGCUUGCCAUUAACAAAGGCUUACAGAGUAGGUACAGCCCGCUGGCAGGCGAUCUCCUGGCGAACUCAAUGCUACCCGGGAACGCGAUGAACGGUUCCGGCUGGUGUAUCUUCGUGUACAACCUCGCUCCAGAGACCGAGGAGAACGUGCUGUGGCAGUUAUUCGGUCCGUUCGGCGCCGUCCAAUCGGUCAAAGUGAUCCGCGACCUGCAGACGAACAAGUGCAAAGGCUUCGGUUUCGUGACGAUGACCAACUAUGACGAGGCGGUGGUCGCCAUCCAGAGCUUGAACGGUUACACGCUCGGUAACCGGGUUCUUCAAGUGAGCUUCAAGACGAACAAGAGCAAGGCGACGUAGAACGACAAGCAACAGCACCAGCAACACCACGAUCACCAUCAUCAGGCAGCAGCAGCGGCAGCAGCAGCAG